UUCGUGUUGGCUGAGACUCACCUGUAUUUCAGUGGAGUGUCAGAGAGCUGUCAGACCCCCCCCUGGCAGGUGCACAUUGCGGCUAUGUGCAACGGGAAGGAUUCAGCCCCUUCUCAGUCCACAGGCUGUUGGCCUGGGAAUGGUGUUCUGCAGGAGUGAUGACAGAAGCUGAACAGGAGGAUAAGGGUGUAUUUCACUGAGGGGUUCCAACUUUCAGACCUGUUUUGUGAGACAGUUCAGUUUGGCCUCUGGACACUUACCCAUCUCUUAAAUGGGUUUUGGCCCUGCCUAAAGCACUGUAACAUCACCUGCCUGUGGUCAGCCAGAAUGAGUGUGUCCAGGAGUCUGGGACCUUCCCAAGGGUCUCUCUGCCACUGUUUUCUUAGAAGGUGUGGAGUUACAGUAUUUAAUCCAGCCACUACAGAUAAUCCUGCUCAGAGCUCAGCACAGAUUAUGCUCCUGUGCUAUUUGUAUGAGGCUGGGAUGUCGGAGCAUUGGUCCACACAGAAAAGGUUAUAUUGGCAAAUAGUAACUCUUGAGAAAGCACCUAGAGUAUAACUGGGGAAAAGAUAAGUUUCCAAGCAAAGUAAUCAUUCUUUAGAUUUAAAAUACUCAGCAGAUUUCAAAGUAAAGAAUAUCCUGAGAACAGUUCCUGGCCUCGCCUGUGUGUUGAGCUGUCCAAGGAAAUAGGAGUGUUUAUGGAGCAGAGAAGCUCUUGCAGUGUGGUGAGCAAGGAUGGGAGGGUUUAUUUCCAACCUGAAAGAGGCAGUUGGGCAGUUUGUUCCUUGGGAAUUUUGUGAAGGAGAAGGGGGAGUUUUCACAUGCCAUAAACUCCAGACUUCUAGUGAGUGAGUGGGUUCUGGCAUCCGGUGGAGCCUGGGGCUGAGGACGUACAGCUUGUCUUUGAUGAUGCUCCUUAGGUCUUCCUUGUACACUGCAAGAUUGCUGACCCAGCCAUGGAUCCCUGAGUGCCUUACACAGCUCACUCGUACCACAUCCACCCACCACGUUUUCACUGGUUUAGCUAAAUGUGUCAUUUAAUGGAUUUAACUGUGGGGGAGAAGUGCUGUCAGUGCUGUAAGCAAACAAAGUUAGUGACUUAGAUGCAUUAAAGCAUAAAUUGAGGAAAAAGAGGAGUAUGGCCCCAGGAAAACAAAGGCAGGCAUCAGGAGUGGCAGUAGGGCAAGACUUACAGUGUCAUUUUGUCUUUUCAUGAUUUUCCUGUAUUACUGCAAAACUAUGUUGUUAAGAAGGUGUAUUCUCAUCUCCCUAACUCCUUUCUGAUGUCGUAUCAGCCUGGCAGGUAAUCCUUCCCAGGGUUACGAGUGUUUUUAGAAGCAGAAUGCUGAACCACCCCAGGUGCCUGAGUCCCCAGGUGUGUUCCUGGGGAUCCCAAGGAGGCAGUAUCUUGGGUUAGAAGGUUGCUACUAGUCACGGAAAGGUGCUGACAGCUUCCCAUGGCAUGGGAGGACACCCAGACACAGGCAGUGUGCGACAGCCUCUGUGCUGAGAAUGGUGUGUGCAAAUUGUCAGCCUGUUCUUGGGGCCAUAAUCCUUUCCUUCCUGCUGUCCCAGGUGCACUGGACCAAGGAGGAGAAUUACAUGUUCAGGCUCUCAGCAUUUCGGGAUCCCUUGCAGAACUGGCUCCGGGACAACCCACGUGCCAUUUUUCCUGACCCUUUCUACCAGUGCGUGCUCCGUUGGCUGGACGAGGACCUGCCAGACUUGUCGGUGUCCCGUGAGCGAAACCGGCUGCAGUGGGGCAUCCCCGUGCCCAGUGACCCCACCCAGACCAUCUACGUCUGGGUGGAUGCCCUGGUGAACUACCUGAGCGUGGUGGGGUACCCUGAGAGCCACGGCGCGUGGUGGCCGGCCGUGCACCACGUGGUGGGCAAGGACAUCCUCAAGUUCCACGCGCUGUACUGGCCGGCGCUGCUGCUGGCGGCAGGGCUGGAGCCCCCUGAGCGCAUCCUGGUGCACUCCCACUGGACUGUGCGGGGCCAGAAGAUGUCCAAGAGCCUGGGCAACGUGGUGGACCCCGGCGUGUGCAUGGGGCAGUACGGCGUGGACGGGUUCCGGUACUUCCUGCUGCGGCAGGGCGUUCCGGAGAGGGAUUGUGACUACUAUGAUGAGAAGGUGGUGAAGUUGGUGAAUUCAGAGCUGGCAGAUGCGCUCGGGGGGCUGCUCAAUCGCUCAACAGCCCCCAGCAUUAACCCCAGCAACACCUACCCCUGCUUCUCAGAGCCCUGUUUCCCCAAGGUCCUGGAUUCCAGAGAGGCCGGAGGCACAGGCAGGGCGUGUGCUGAGGACUACAGGCUCGUGGCAGCAGUGGCCUCGCUGCCUGUGCAGGUGGACACUUAUUUCGAAGGCUUCCAGAUCUACAAGGCUUUGGAAUGCAUUGCCCAGUGUGUGAGGCAGACCAACGGCUUCUUCCAGAGGCACAGGCCUUGGAAGCUUGACCGAAGGGAUGCUGGGGAGCAGCUCUGGCUGGACACCAUCCUGCACGUCACGCUGGAGUGCCUGCGCGUGUACGGGACACUCCUGCAGCCCGUGGUCCCACACAUGGCAGACAAGCUGCUGUCCCGGCUGGCUGUCGGGCCAGGAGAGAGGCACCUCUCUGGUCUGGUGUUCCUGGCACGCUAUGAUGGAAAGCCAUGUCCCUUUGAGGGGAGGCAGCUCGGACCUGACACUGGCAUCUUGUUCCACAGGCUGGGCAAGUUGGAAACUAUGAAGAAGAGAAAGCAAGAAGCUCAAGUCCCUGACAAACAGCUUCUGUGAAUAAAAACUUCCAGGAAUUCCUGGAAAACAUUGUUAAAAGCA